AUUGCGCAUGCGUACCAUAACCGUAAAGUCUCAAGAUGGCGAACGAAGUUGCUCACGCGCCCAACAAAACCUGGGAAUUGAGUCUGUAUGAGCUCCACAGAACACCGCAAGAAGCUAUCACCGACAAUACUGAAAUUGCGGUCUCUCCACGUAGUUUGCAUAGCGAAUUAAUGUGCCCAAUAUGUUUGGAUAUGCUGAAAAGUACAAUGACUACAAAGGAGUGUUUACAUCGUUUCUGCCAAGACUGCAUCAUUACUGCUCUGAGAAGUGGCAAUAAAGAGUGUCCAACUUGCAGGAAAAAACUUGUGUCUAAAAGAUCACUUCGACCAGAUCCAAAUUUUGAUGCUCUUAUCUCAAAAAUCUAUCCAAGUCGAGAGGAAUACGAGGAACACCAAGAGAGAGUACUAGCCAAGUUGAAUCAACAUCACAACACAGCAGCUCUGCGACAAAGCAUUGAGGAAGGGCUACGCCUUCAGUCUUUAAAUCGUGCGCAAAGGGUUAGGAAACAUGCUUCUGAUGGUACCACAACUCCAAUCGAUGGCGAAGGAGAGGUUGACGGUGUGGAGAACGAAAAUCAUCACGACGACCUUCAAGACGAAUCUGCAUCAAAUGACACUACACCCCGAAAGAGAUUUAGGCCGUAUUCAGAUGAUUCUAGCACUGAGAACUCUAUGGGAGAGACCAGCAUUCCUGAGAAUGCACCAGAAGCCACACCAGCAGUAAGUGAGAUUGAACUUGUAUUCAGGCCACAUCCCCAGGAGGUCGAUGGGGAUGUACCAGGACAGACACGAUACAUCAAAACAACGGCUAAUGCUACAGUUGACCAUCUUUCUAAGUAUCUUGCCAUUCGUUUGUCUCUGGAUGCUCAAAACAUGGAGAACGGUGCAAGAGCUGGUGCCAGUGCAGAAGAUAAAUAUACCAUUUACAUUGCUAGUCAGCCAGGUGUAUUGACAUCAUUGAAUGGCUCCAUGCCAUUGGAGCAGGUAAAUGAAAAGUACUGGAGAGUGAAUAAGCCACUUGAGAUGUUUUAUCGGCUGCAGUCCAGGCCUGGCGAGCCAUCCCAGUUGAAGAUUGGAGCUGGUGAUAAGUAAACAAUGUCUUCCUGGAGAAAAGUCAGUUGCAUUUUCAAAAACUAUUAUGUGCCACAGAAGAACAGAUUCACUCUAAGGAAAAGAACUCAAGGCUAAGGAAUUUAGUAGAGGACAAGCAGACUAGUGACUGGUGACCAGUUUUAAUUGCAGAAAACAAAGUCUGUUUGGAGCUGCCUGUGCAGAAGAGUAUGUGUUGUUUAACAUUAAUAUUGCAGUUGAUAAAGGAAACAGUCAUGUUGAUGGUUUGACUGGGAAUAGCUGCAAUCUGCAGUUUGUCAUUGCUGCUGAAUCAUCUGGCUUGGUGAUAGAGCAGGCUGGAUAUUGUCAACUUUUUCUGAUGCCAGUCUUUAUUUCAAAAGAGUCAUUUUUUCUACAAGCCUUUUCUGUUAAAUCUGAAAUACUUUCAAACAGAACAUUUUGUUUAUGAUUGUUAAUAUUGUAAGCAAAAACAUUCUGCUGGCUGUGUGAAUCAUCAUGUUUGGUAUGGCCAUAAAUGAGUCUUGAUUCCUCCUUUUCUUUCUGAUUCUAUUAUCCAUUUUAAACUGAGACAUUACAGAUAAACUGAGAGAGAAAAUAUUGGUUGUGCAGAUUAAAUACAAACACCAUAAUUUGUUUGUAAAGUAUAAAUGUAUUCAGCAUCAAUAUUUGUAUGUACCACAAUAUCUUCAUUCAUUCAGAUCUUUUUAGUGAACAGCCUGAGGUCUCUAAUAUUUGCAUGAACUGUUUAAUAUUUUUAUAUAGCUUUUAAAGAAAAGUCUACAAUCUAAGCAAUUUAACUAUAAGCUCAAAAGUCUUGUCUGUUUCUCAUUCAUGAUGUGACUGGCAUUUUCAGAUCUGAUUUUAUGUUUUUAUUUGUUUUCUGAUGUUUUAAUUGCAACCUGGACGUUCAUGAGAAAAUGGCCUAAAAAAAUUGUUCCUUUGCAACAUAAUAUUUACUCCACAUUUCAUAUCUUUGAAAUAACUCUUUAUCUGAAAUUCAGAAGCAAAGGCUAUGGCCAACUCAUUGUUACUUUAUCCUUCAGCCAGAACUUCCAGCCUUUUCAUUGUUUCAUUGUUUGCAUAUCAUUUCUCUCCUGGUAACAGUCAAGAGGACAAGAAAAAUAUUAAUUGGAUUAGUGAAUUUUACAAUGAGUAAUAAUUUUUAAAAGCAUAUAAAAGUAAUUUUUCAGGCAAGAGUAUGAUAAUCAUAAUUAAGUUUGCUUUACCUUGUUAAAUAUUACCAUUUGGGGAAGCAGAUAACAGUCAUUAGAGCACUGAUGUUCAUGUUAGUUUGCGAUCAGCAAGCUUACCCUAGUCGACCCACCUUUCAGGGAUGUGUACUUCACUCCAUAGAGGGUUGGGAAAGAUAAGGUAGUAAAGAAGAGGGGUGGCAAUUGGUGUUUUUAUGCCAACAACUAAGGCUGUGAACAGUUUCCACAUGCCAGUGAUGGAGAGAAGAUACAACUUUAUUAAUCCACAAGGGCAGAUAGUGCUCAUGCAAUAUUUAGAGAUAAAUACAUAUACAUGUUGAAAUAGUUGCUCUCACGCACACACAUAUACAUUCCUAGCAACAGAAGAUGCAGUUGGUGUCUUCAGGUUAGUACCAGAUCGUGGCCAAUAGAGAUGAUCAAGUAAAUGGCACAUAGAAUAAAUGAGUUGCAAUGACAAUUGCUUCUGCAUACAUGUAUCACAUACCUACAGCCAGCCCACAAGAGUGAAAACUCGCACUCCAAUACAUGAUCAGAAAUAGGAUAUGGGAUGCCUUCCUAAGGAUUUGUUGAUGACGAAAGGCUGCCAAGUCCCUCUUCCUGAUUCUGAUGAUGGCCACUGUUCUUACAUAAAGCUGGCCCCGAGAUAAAAUAGUCUCCAACUCCUCACUCCCCAACGACUGAAAGGAUUAGGGGAUAAACUUUUCCCUUUAUUUUUACCUUGGUAUUUAGGUAAUAUAUGAUAAGUAAUGAAAGACUAAAGGAUGCAUAAAAAUGACACAGCUGCAGCUGAAUAACUUGAGGUCUUCAGUGGCUAGUUUGAGGGCAAUGUAUGAUUGGAGAUUUCUUUCUCUUUAUCUGCUUCUAUUUAUAUUUUCAUAAUACUAAGAGAAGUAUCAUAAUGGCUAAGCCAUACAUUUGUGAGCUUGGAGGGUUAUUUUGUAGUCCAUUAUGCAUAAAAAUUUAAUAUUGAACGUAAGAGAUGGAGGGUCAGAUUAUGGCAACCUGAGUUUUAGUUUAUUCCUUGUUGCUUCCUUGAGCAUAGGACCGUAUGUGCAACCAGAACUUAUCAAUAAAAUUCCCUAGUUCAAAACCCUUAUAAAUAAAAGACAUUAUAUGAUUGCAUGCCACCAUUUUAGAAUUCUUACUGUAAAAGCCUAGUUACUAUUCAUUAUUAGAAUUGUAGGUGUAAAUAGGUCAGAAUUUGCAUUUAUGUCUGUCUGUUGAGUGUUACAAGACUGGUUGGUUACUUUGGUAGGUAAGGAGAAAACUAAUGGUCAGUCCUGCAAACAGGUUUCACAUGCAGAGAAGUGUCCUGAGGCAAGAUCUGAACCAAGGAGUAAAUACCAUGUCUGUCUGGAAUGGCUGGCUACAACUGCUGCAGUUUGUACAUUGAUACUAUUGUAUUAAACCACUGCGUAACUACAAACACUCUAGUACAGGGGAGGGCAAAGUAUGGGCCGAAUCCAGCCCGCAGACUUCUUUGGACUGACCCAUCUGCUAAAAUGUGAAGUACACUUGUUUUCCUUUUUUUUUUUUAUUUAACCUAGGUUAAUUUGAUUGAAAUUGAAUUUUUCCAAUAUGACAGCUUUAGAAAUCAGCAGUCCGUAACAUUAUAACACAAAAUACAAAGAUAAAUAACAUGGCUGACAUGUCUGAUGUAGUUGUUAGCUUUGCGGAUGGUUGCCUUUAAUGGAAAGGCUGGUUUUAGCUUUAUUGUGAGUGAAUUCAAACAUCUUCAUGUUAUACAAUAAAUGCAGUAAAUGAAUGCCAUUAUGUACUAAUUCAGGAGGUUUGUUGUGUAGUCACUUAAUAAGGGUUUUUAAUAUUUUAUCGGCCCACAAAAUAAAAACUUUGCCCACGUUCUCGAGUAGCAGCCUAUUUAUGUAAAGAAGUUUUCCCUUAAAACUCUGUGAGUUUGUGAUAAAAAUAUUAGUAUGGAUCAGCUUUUCUAAGACUAAGGUUCUUAGAUUAAGAUUUGACAGUUUCCUAAAUAGAAAUUACAAGUCAAAACCAGAACAUUCUAAUUUUUGUUGUUGUCAUCAUCUUGACAUCUUUGUAAAAUGGUACAUGCAAAGUUGGCAAUGACAUUUCACAACUGAACAUAUUUUUGAAAAUCACCAUGUAGUUUUCUAUAUAAAUAGUUGUUUCAGAUUUCUUUUGUUUGCCAACUUUUAUUAUACUGUAAAUAUAUUUAUCAUGCAUACUAAUACAUGCAUGUGCAAGUUUAUUUUUGCCAGAAGAAUGGAUGGAUGAAAGAGUGUUGAAUGUUUCAUUUAUACUCUUUAAAAGAUAUGGGAAAAUAUUUGUAAAGUUCACAUUUCUAAAUAAUUUUAGUGAAGUAUAAGUACAUAAGUACCAGCUAACUUUUAUGUUUUGAAGCAAACUGUUUUUUGGCUAUGAAAUAAAGCGUAAGGUCUUUGUAGAGCAUGGAAAUUUAGUCUGGGCAAAAAGAAUUUUAUUUAAAAGUUGUAGCUUGGAAAAAUCUUUUGAAUAUGGAUUGGAUUUUGUAUCAAUAGUAUAAGAUUUACACAAAAUUGAAGCUUCUUUGAAAUUGGUCAUAGCAGAUUUUCCUGAGAUUAUCUUUAUAAAGAACAUUUUUUGUUUGUGUGUGUGUGUAAAGUUAUAUGGCAGUUUCACAAUUAAGGGAAAGAUUGCAGUGUAUAUUACUGACAUCAUUGAUAGACUGGGAAGGGCACCCAAAUGACUAAAUUUAUUUAAUGAGAAAUGCAUUUCGAUUUUACUUUAUAAUUGCAUUUAAUAAGAAAGACAGCUAAGUACAAACAUAAUGGGCCAGGUAAUAAAUCCUAAUGAGUAAAAGCUUCCUUAAUGGUCGGUUUGAUCAUCACAUAAUGUCCUUCACAUUAACAGUGUAAAAAAGUAAUGUUUUGUGAGAAACUGCUUUAUAUAUAUGCCACUAUCAGUUUUAUAACAUUCAUUAUUGCUUAACUAGGAUUUGUGUGUAAGUCUGAAUGGUUUCAAUUGUUGAAUAAAUGUA